UACGGGCGCUGGCAAGACAUCCAGAACGACGUGGCCUUCUCUAUCAUCAACGAGCCCUUCAAAAUGGAUGUCGGAAAAGGAAACUUCUUGGAGAUUAAGAACAAAUUCCUCGCCCGAAGAUUCAAACUGUUAGAACAGGCGCUCGUGAUUGAGGAACAGCUGCGAAGAGCCGCGUACCUGAACCUGACUCAAGACCCGACACAUCCGGCGAUGGCAUUGAACGCCAGAUUUGCCGAAUUGGAGUGUUUGGCGGAAUCGCAUCAACACUUAAGCAAAGAAUCGUUGGCCGGAAACAAACCGGCGAACGCUGUUCUCCACAAAGUCCUCAACCAAUUGGAGGAACUAUUGAGUGACAUGAAGUCAGACGUGAGUCGACUUCCGGCCACAAUCGCUAGAAUACCUCCCGUCGCCCAAAGACUUCAAAUCUCAGAGAGAGGAAUACUGUCGCGUCUGACCGGUCAGCCGCCGCCACAGCUCAAUAUGAGUGAACUGAUGAGUGGACAGACACUUCCGCCCGCCUUCGCUAAUCAGGCGCCGCCCCAGAAAUGAUGGCAAUCAUUACUAAACAAAUAAUUUUUAAACAAUUCAUUUACUAUAAUACUGUAUAACGACAUACAUUAGAUCCCAAUCCGUGUUCUUAUGUCUUUGUAUUGUCUUUUAUAAACAAUUUUUAAAAUAUCUUAAAUUCCUGAAAAUAUAACAUAAUUAGUUGAGUAAUCAAUUUUUACAGUAUUUCACGAC